UUUGUCAUGCACUAACAACUAUCGAAAACCAGAGUCACGAAUGACUAACCGUUUUUCGUUUCGUCAUUUCACAUUUGACAUUUGUACUUAUAGUGUUUGUACUUUUUUGGUUGGACUUGGACGCGUGUAUUAUUUGUUAAAUAUUUGUUAUAUAACUUUAAUAUUUAAUAUUUCGUCUACUGUUUUAUGAUCAUGAAUCAUCAAGAAAAUCAACUUUCAGACAUGUUAGAAGUUUACAUAUGUACAAAAUUGUCAGACCCUGAAAUAAACACGAGGAGAUACAGAAAAGGUAUGACGAUCAAUGAUCUUAAAAACAAAUUGGAAAUGAUCACUGGGCGAUCAGCUGGUACAAUGAUACUAUCGGCUUACGAUAAAGAUAAGUUAGUAGUCAAACUGGAUGAUGACGAUUCACAAUUAGGAUCAUAUCCCGUUGAAAAUGGUAUGUUUUUAUUGGUCGAAGAUCCAGCAUAUGAUACAUCUGAUCAGGAUACUAUUGAUGGUUAUAAGAUGACUGAGGAAGAAUAUAAUGCUAAACAAGAAACAUUAAAGAGCUUUUUAAUGAAUAACAAGCUUGGUAAAUAUAAUCCAGAAUAUCUGAAACAACGAGAACAAGAAARUCUGGAAAAAGAACAACAAGAGAAUUUAGAAAAAGAACAAAUCGACAAAAUAGAAGUUGGGCAAAGGUGUUGUAUUAGACUACCAAACAAACCUGCUCAACAUGGCACAGUUAUGUACAAAGGACGUUUAGAUGAUAAAAGUGGUUAUUGGGUUGGAGUUAAGUAUGAUGAACCAUACGGCAAGCAUGACGGAUCUUUAAAUGGAAAACAAUAUUUUCAAACACUUCCUAAGUAUGGAUCUUUUGUUACUCCUUCAGCAGUGGAAAUUGGUGAUUUUCCAGUUAUCGACGAUGAACUUUAAACAUUCCUUAAAUCUAUAUCUAUACACUAUAAUUUUUGUUCUCAUUAUAAGCUAACAUCUAUGAAUUAGUAUUAAUUGUCCAAUGUUUUAAUACGUUUUUUAUACACUUUAUUUUAUUAAUACUGUAACACUAAGAGGUGGUUUAGAUUCAUAUUUUGUAAGAAAUCUUAAUCACUUAUAAUUUUUUUAAAGAAAUGUCCAUGAAUAUUUCUAGCAUUGCUUGUGAUAAAUAAA